GUGGUUCUCCUGGCUGGUCCGCCUGGUGUCGGCAAGACCACAUUAGCGCAUGUGGUUGCACGCCAUGCCGGCUACAGUAGCGUGGAAAUCAACGCCAGCGAUGACCGCUCACCGGCGGCCCUCAAGGAACGUGUCAUCAAUGCCACCCAGAUGCAAGAAGUCAUUGGACGAGAUCGUCGGCCCAACUGCCUUGUGCUUGAUGAGAUUGACGGCGCCUCCAAGGGUGCCAUCAAUGCCCUUAUCAAAAUUGUCCAGGCCACCGGUAGGCGCACAUGCUCUCAUCUGGGCUUGCUUCAUUCCGUGGCUUGGCCGUCCAGAUGCGGGGGCAAGCGCAAGGGCGCUCUGCCAGCUCUACGCCGACCAAUCAUUUGCAUUUGCAAUGACCUGCAGGCCCCGGCUUUGCGCCCGCUCCGGCAGAUUGCCCUGCAAAUCAACUUUGCUCCUAUCGAGAACAAUGCUCUCAUUGGCCGCCUGCUCACAAUAUGUGAGCGAAAGGGUGUUCGA